AUGACAAAACGAUUGCGAGUGCAAGGAACACUAUACAGAGUCAGGUCUCGACUCGUGUGCGCAGAGGACGGGAUUGCGUAUCAGCCUGUCGCAAAAGGUGUAGCUAGGCACAUGGUCGUCGCUCUAUCGGAACCGGACGAGCUCGGCGUCGUGAAGAUUGCGACGGUGCAGUACAGCUGUAUUACGUCCAACCCGUGCGGCGGGUUCGACUACUAUCCCAUCGCGCCUUGUGCGAAGGGAGGGUACCCUUUCCAGCUUCAGUUACGGCAUUACAAUAACCAGUUCUACGGAGGGCCUCGCGCGCUACACCUCUACUCCUACGUAAGAGCAGAGCAGCACCAGGUGUCGGCGCAGAUGCUAGUAGCAGUGGAAGGGGACUUUGGCGAGCCCAUUCAGUUGAAGAAGCGAUCAGCAGCGAGGCUUCGAUCUGCGAUGCAAAUUAACUAA